AUGAACAUUUCUUUAAAUGUGUUAAGAAAUCGGCGUUUGCUGUUUAGUACCCGAAAAAUGUAUGCGAAGAAUGGUGUUUCAUCUGAUUUAAAAAUUACCGAAAAUUGUGCCAAUCAAUUUUGUAAAAUUGCGAGUGUUAACGAGUAUCUACGAAUAGUGGUUGAUGGUGGUGGUUGCUCCGGGUUUGAAUAUAAAAUGGCUCUGGAUACUAAAAUUAAUGACAGUGAUGUACUUUUUUUCAAGGAUGACGUCAAGAUUGUUGUCGAUGAGAAAUCACUGCAGUUUUUGAAGGGUGCUACAGUGGAUUUUGUUGAAGACUUGAUGCGAUCUUCAUUUCGAAUCAUUGAUAAUCCAACUGCAGUAAAAGGCUGCUCUUGCGGAUCAUCUUUUUCUAUUAAAAUUGAUUAG